GGAUUUUUUUUUUUUACUUGCGUCACGUCAUGGCUGGCAUGAAGCUUGAUUACUUUUCUUGCAAAAGUGAGCUUGGUUUUCUUUGAAAGUGGAGGUUUCUGCCAAUGUUUUGACUUUUAUUUACAUGUAGUUUAGUUUCUAUCUAGAACUCGUUAAUCUUGUUUAUUUGUAUUAAAACAUAGUGUUCGUUUAGGGAUAUGUAUCGUUUACUCUAGAGAAAGGUGUAAAUCUAUCACAAAAUGAACGACGGGGAUUGGAUUUGUAGUGAUCCGAAUUGUGGAAAUAUCAACUUUGCUCGCAGAGUUUCAUGUUAUCGAUGCAAUAAGGAGAGACCCGAUAGCUCUAAUAAAAAGAAAUUAGGCACAGAAAUAGGAAAGACUGCGGCAGAAAAGUCUCGUGGUUUAUUCAAUGCCGAUGAUUGGCAGUGCAAUAAAUGUGCCAACGUUAACUGGGCCCGGCGUCAGACAUGCAAUGUUUGCAAUGCACCCAAAUACGGUGAAGUAGAAGCUCGUACCGGCUACGGUGGAGGUUACAAUGAGCGCGGUGUGGUGGAGUAUCGAAGGCGCGAACCAUCCUCUGAUGAUGAGUAUGACGAAUUUGGUCGAAAGAAACGCAAACGUAAGGCGGACUCUCAAGAGAAAGAGAAGGUUGGCAUCACUGAAGGAGCAGUAUGCAAAAACUUGCCACCAACAGUGCUGCAGAAGGAAUCAAAUAAAGAACAUAACAAGUCCGUUCAUGGGCCAAAAUUUUUCAUGAAUACAGUACAUAGUAAUAAUAACAGAAAUGGUACCAUUAGUGAUAACUCAAAAUGUGAACUUCCUUCACUUCCAAAUGUAGCUGUUACUAAAUACCAGCAAAUUAACACUCCAACACAAAAUUUAAAUAACUUGUCUACUCACAAAACGCAUACAUUGUACCCAAGAAAACGAUCAAUAAGCAGUGGUGACCGAGAUCACACAGCAUCAUCUGGAUAUGACACCGGUUCAAAGAGAAGUAGACGCGAUACCACAGAUGCGAUGCAAAAUAAACUGUGUAACCCUGUAAUGGAAAAUAGUGUUUCUUCUACUAAAAAUGAACUAGCUUGCAAAUUUACAAAAGACAAUACAGAAGAAAAUGUACAAGUUACAUACACUCUUGAAGAAAAAGUAAGAUGUGCAGCUUUCGCUGUUGUUUACAAUAACUGCAAAAUUACAACCAACAAGUUUGAAGCACUAUAUACUAAACCAGCUCCUGAUUUUGAAACCAUUUUUGCUUGGAGACAUCAGCUCAUGACAACAGGCUGCUUAGUUGAUUCUCAUUCAGAAUCUGAGAAGGCUCUUCAACAAUGUCCUACAAAUAUUUCCGAUAUUAAUACUCAAGAGGCAAAUAGAGUAUCUAGACUACCAAAUCCAGAUGAAAUAAUUAUUCCUUCAGAAAGUGAUGAGGAAGAAUCAAGUAAACAUUUAGAAAAAACAGAAAGGAGUAUGAGUGUAGAAACAUUGCUCAUUGGUACUAACAAGGACUUGCAAGCUACUGGCAGUUCAGCAAGCACUGUAGAUGGGAGGGGUUCACGUGGGCGAAGUUAUUCACAAUCCACACAUCACAGAACUCGUUCUAACUCACGAGAAAGUCAAGAUUCCAACUAUCCUGAUACAGACUCAGAAAGAGGGUCUAAAUCCAUAAUUCCAAGUAAUACUACAAAAUCAAUAAAUCCACCAACAAGACUGUCUAUACAUGAUUCGGAUUCUGAGUCAGUCUCAUAUAACAGUGAGGAAGACAAUUUCUUAUCAAGAGUAUUUGGGCAAGACAGAAAAAGGAGAAAAAUUAAGAAACAUCUUCCAGCACCUAAACUGAAUGAUUAUACUGCAAGUAAUGCCAAUACUUUUGAGGGGUACAGCACUAUUAAAAGUAUGAAACAGUCUCCUUUAGUGACUGGCAAUAUUUACACUAACAAUUUGCGGAAUAUGAAUGUGAAAACUCGUGAAAAUAUAGACCUGGAUGGCUGUUCUAGUGAAUAUGUUCCUACCAAAUUAGGUUCAACUGCUAAAAAGAAUUAUCAAGAGUUUAAGGAUAAUGUCAGAAGGAAAGGAUUCUGGGCAAAGGGUAAUGGAGCGUCAUUAGCAAUAAAUAGACACAAUAUGUCAAUAGACAUUAUACACAAGACAACACCUAAAAAGCCACCUGAAGAAACAGUAAAAUCACGAAACAUUCACCAAUAUGCAGCUGGUGUCCAAGUUAAACCAUUAAAGAAGCGAACAUAUGAAGUCAGUAAUGAUGAAAUUGAGGUCUACUCUAAAUCUGAGCAUUUCCUUCCUUUUGAUAAACCAAAACAGGCUGAUGUUGAACUAAAUACUCUUGAGGACACUAGUCGCGUUUUCGCACAAGUUGAGUCAAAUAGUGUAUCUAAAAAUAGAAGCAUUUUAGACAUUUUUGAUAUUAGUGACCCAGCACUAAAAAGCCCCCAAGAUGAUUUAGAAAGCUUUGAUAACACGAGAAGAAUGUAUGAGAAUAAAUGGGAUGAAGAUGAUGAAGCACUUUACAAAACUUCGGAUUGCGACGAGCAAGCAAGACCUAGUCAAGAACUCUCACCAAUUACUUCAAAUAGAGGUCAUAGUCCCAUUUCUAAUAUGUUAUAUACAACAGAAUCGAAUACCAUUCCGAAAGGUGCUGGUAAUUCAACUUCAAUAUCAGAUUUCAUAACAGACAAACAUGAGAUGCUUAUGGAAAUGUUAAAAGAUUUUCAAAAUAAAGACCUUGGUAAAAUGGUGUCACCACUAAAACAUGGGACACCACAACCACCAUCUGUAGAAGACAUAAAUGUGUACCACAAGAAUGUAUCAGAUACCAACAUUCCCAUGAUAGAAGUUGAAGCAAUACCAAAUAUCUCUUUGGCGAAGAGUGCCCAUAUUGUUUCUAAUCUUCUCGUGACUAGACCAGAUCCAUGUCUGAAUAUUAAAAUGACAAGAUCUGAUCAAAAUAUAAAUUCCACAAAAGAAAGAUCUGAUUCUAGUCUGGACCACCAUAUUAACAAUAGUGAUACAAUUCAAAAUUUCAGAGCUAUUGAAGCUGAAUACUUGCAGAUAUCAGAGAUUGAAAAUCGUAAUAAUAAGACCCCUGAACUAAAUGUUUAUAGUAUUUUGCCUGGAGAAUCUCCUAACCCAAGGGAGAACAAUGGCAUGAACAAAGUUUAUAAAUUCACAAAAAGCAGAUCUGAUUUGUACCCUAAUUUUAAAAGUAGACCUGAUCCAAUACUAAGUUAUGAUAAACAUGAUCAUGCUAAAAUUCCUUGUAUAUCUGAUGUAUCUCAGAAUGCGGCUACAGCCAGGCUUGACACUAUGAUGAAUCAGCCUCUUACUGAUACUGAUAGAGUGCCUGAUCAUUCUACAAUUAGAUCUGACUCAAAUCCUAUUCAUACCAUGAAAAUACCUGAACCAAUUUCAAAAGAAUUGUCAAAUGAAGUGUUACGAUUAUCAGAAGAGAAUGUUGGAGUUACCAAAAAUGUUUCCAAAACUAUUAGUCCAUCUAAACGUGUUCAUAUUCUGGAAAAUGUUAGGAUUCGACCAGGUUCGCCGCAUCCGAAGAUUUUAUACCAGCAAAACAUAACUGAACCCACAAGUCCUAAAUCAAACACAGCAUUAGUUUCGGCCAAUGCACAAAAUGCAGAAUUAAUUACAUCAAGCCCGGAUGUGAGUCAAGCUGAAGACACAGAAAAAUCCUUAGAAAACGCGCCAUCUACAGCUCAAGUAGAUUUUUCAAAUUUAUUGGCAAACAUAAAUACUAACACUUUACUAUUGGCAUUGCAAAAUCUACAAAAAAUUGGACAGAGUACCUCACCUGUGCCUAAUGAACAAAAAAGUGCUGGACAACAAAGUCCAGUUGAAGAAACACAAGUUUCAGAAACAAUAAAUUUGACUAAUGAUGAGGAUUGGGAGAAGGAAUCUAAUAGAGACGGCAGCAUUGAAAGGCAGUUGGAAAAAUUGGAUGGAAAUACAGGCGACACUCCUUUUUUAAGCGAUAUUUUUGACCCUGGUCCGGUUAUUAUACCACCCAAUAUAGUAAAGAAGUUAAAUUUGGGCAUUGAAAAUCUCGAAGAAGCUAAUAAUACAACAGAAAGUACACCUGUUAUAGGAAAUUUCAAAAGUUUUGCUUUACCAAAACCUAUCAUGCUGAAUAGGUUAAAGCUCACUGUAAAGACAACAGAAAAGACUUCAAAAAACUCUGGAAAAAGAGUGAAGACCAAGAAUAAGAGCAAGUCUUUGCCAGUGUCGGAGCAGGCUGAGGCAGAUGAGGAGGAAGACGAGGAAUCUGGAGACGAGGCUGAUCUUUCUAAGUAUGAUUUGUGGGGCAGCGACGCUGAGCAAGGCAACUCUUCUAAGGCUGAAAGUGAAGAAAAACUGAAAGCAGAUGGAGCUUCUAAAGAAAGUGGGCCCAGCAAUCAGAAUGAUAAGGACGGCAAGGCAUCUCCGCACAAGAGUAAGAGGAGGUCUAGGAGUUCAUCUUCCUCAUCGAGCUCAUCUUCGAGUUCAAGUUCUAGUCACAGCUCUUCAGCACCUCAAAACAAAUUCGACGAUUUCAACUUGAACAGUGAACGCGAAUCCUCGCCGAAAGGGCGCAAGUCACGCUCGCGGUCCCGGUCGCCGCGCUCACGUGCUUCUUCCCGCCGCAAGUCACGAGACAGCCGCUCCGCCGGAGAAUCCAGGAGCCACGAGUCGUCGCGUGACAAAGAGUAUACCCGUGAUCGAGACCGCCGAGAUCGGUCACGCGGUAACCGGGAAGAUCGCAAGGAACGGCGCUACAGUCGUGAGGGCGGCAACCACUACAACUCGCGUGGACGGCACCGUUAGCCAGCGCACGGAGGACGCUAGACAGUCCUCUGUUGUGAUUCGAUAGGCCUCGGAGGGCAUUAGUGCAACACCUAUAAUAAGUGACUGCCCUGUUCCUUGUCUUUUUCAUGAGUGAGUUGCCCCGAGUUUUCAUGUAAGUUUUGAGCGCCAGGCCAAACAUACGAUAUUUUAUAUAAUAAUGGUCCACCACCUGUAAAACUAUUUGUGUAACUUAAGUCUAUGUUAUUGUAAACUAAGUAAUACUGUUUCAUAACAAUAGAAUUAUAAAUAGAUGUCGAAAGUCUCAUAAAUUUACGACAGGUUGAAUGUUUCUUCUUAUUCUUUUGUAGGUUGAUAAUUCAUUUACUAUUGUUGUAUAUAGCCAAAAAAGUGGUUGGAUCCACAAAGUUUAGAUGUAUGUAGUGCAUUAUAGUUAGUUACAACUCAAAAUAAUUAAAUUGGUAAAUGUAAAACAUUUUUUGUUUGUGAUACUUGCUUAAUAGAAAUUCAAAGAAUAACAUUAAAGUGUAGUGUGCUUGAUAGGAAGAGAUCUCAAAGCUGUGUUAGGCAGAACAUUUGAUUAAUGUUUCUACUAAGUAGAAACUUUGGUUUCCAGUAUAUAGUAAUGGGUCGUGAUUUUAAAUA